CAAUGAAUCGGAAGUCGCUUUCGCUAAUAUGCAGUAAAAUAUCCGCUGACCGAUUGUGCACCCGUGAUCACGCGGAUAGCAGCAGGUCUGCACAAUGUGAUCAUGUUCUGUACUUGUGCUUCGCAAAUCCAGCAAAUCACAAAAAAAUUCAACUUUUCGGCAAGGCAGGUAUUUUAAUGGAUUCUCGUUGUCAACUUGGUUUUAUCCUUGCCAAUGCUGCUACCGUACCUGCCGUAUUAUCAUUUCCACCCUAGAGUGGCCUCGACGAUACGGAGUUAUUCAUAAAAUUGCUGAUUCUGCUAUAACACUAAUAACAGCCUGUACGAAGUUUAUUAACAAUUUAUUGUACUUGUAGUUUUGCUGCUUUAUUUUGCGCUCCUUCAAAAGCGGUCGGAACACUCGUUCUGGUAUAAAAAUUUCUCAUUUUAUCCGAUCCCAAAACCUUAACCGACGAAGGAAGGCCAUCUGACAACAUCUGCAGAAUUUGAUUUCCCAAUUUCCUGUGGACAUUCGCGAAGUCGAUUCAACGUGUUUCCUUCGGUUCUUUGAGAUAAUUGUUGCAGCUGAUCGCGAGUGUAGAUUUAUCGAACACUCCGUAUUUGUGGUCGAAAUCAGCAACAUCGGCGGCAUUCCUUUAGCUGAUUGGAGGCAGUUGGCAUAAGUUUGAAUGGAUUAAUCGCGUCCUUAUCUGGUCGCUUUUGAACCAAUUGUCAGCUGAGACAAUUACCACCGAGAUAGACUGCGAAGCAAAACAAGCUGCAGCACAAUGCAUGAUGUAAAAGAAAACCACAACUUUAAAUCACGGCUUGGAUCGGAUGUAGAGGCUGAUCCCAUGUUGGAACCCGUUCCGCAGACGAAGAAACUUGGUUUUUACGGUGAUGCUGGUUUAGAAAAUGCAGUGAUCACGGUUACCGAAGUGCCUCAGUCUAAAAUCUUUGCGCCACCUGACGGAGGUUGGGGCUGGUUUGUUGUACUUGGAUGUUUCUUGAUGAAUUUGAUCGUUAACGGCACAUCGUAUUCCUUCGGGGUAAUAUUUAUGGAACUGCUGGCCAAUUAUGAAAGAACAUCAGCUGAUAUCGCUUGGGUUUAUUCACUGAACUGCGUUACCUGCAGCUGGUUAGGUCCUUUCGCCACAGCAUUAAGCAACAUUUUUUCCUUCCGCAGUGUGGUAGUUGUUGGAGGUUUCAUUUACAGUGUCGGUAUUGUGGCAAGUUCUUUCGUGACCAAAUUGGAGCAGCUGUAUAUUACCUACGGUCUCAUAUCCGGUAUCGGAUCGGCUUUAGUGUAUGGUCCAUCAAUCAUCAUGGUCGGCCGUUAUUUUGAUAAGCGGCGUGCCUUGGCUAAUGGUUUAUCCGCUGCCGGCAGCGGUGUUGGCUCAUUUCUUCUUCCACCCACUUUGCAUUUUCUUUGUGAUCAGUACACUAUCAAAGGCUGCAUAUUGAUCUUGGGCGCCUUUAGCUUCCAUCUGUGUCUUGCUGGAUUAUUCUACCGACCCGUGCCCAUGAAGAGAUUGCAGAAGCAGCGCGAACCAGUUUUUUGUGACCUUCUGCAUGAGCAACCGAUCGAAAAAGAUCACAUUCGUAUUACUCUUCACCCAGUUGGCUCAGUCGGAAAAUCUCUUGCCACUGUACCUUCUCAUCACUCGAUCCGGGAAGAACUGUUUGAAACAGCCCUUUAUCCUACUCGCGGAGCCGGCGGUCCGCUUGUUCUCGGUUCCUCUUUGCUUAGCAUUCCAGAGAAUGUCGUCACGGUCGAACAAGUACCGACCGCACGCUUCCGCCAUCUCAGUGGUGCCAGCGUAUCCAAACAGUUCAGAAAGUGGGCACUUUGGCUGUAUGCCUGGCCGAGGAAUCUCAAAAGUGGAAUCGAUUCCGGUUCGCUGUUCGAUUUUUCGCUUUUAAAAAGCCGGUUAUUUCUGAUGUUCACGACCGCUGUGAUGCUGGCUUCGUUUGGUUACCUCAGUGUGUAUCUGAUCCUCCCGGCUCAUGCUCAAGACUUAAAUAUCAGCAAGGCUGAAGCAGUCUCGUUGAUCUCGAUUAUGGGUGCAUGUGAUCUCACUGGGCGCAUCACUUUUGGCUGGUUCUCUGAUUUUCAUCUGAUACCUAGACGGUGGGGAUACUGCGGAAUGAUUUUUUUGUCUGCCGUUGGCACCCUGUGGGUCAUCUUCGUGCGGGGAUACAUACAACUAGCGGUGUUUGCCGGAUGGUUCGGAUUCUUUGGUGGGUCCUUUAUGGUACUAAAUGCCGUGCUGACCGCGGAUUUGUUCGGUUUGGAUAAACUGCCCAGCGCCAUUGGGCUGCUGAUUACCAUACAGGGGAUCGCUUUCCUUGUGGGUCCGCCACUCGUGGGCAUGCUUAAGGACCAGCAAGGAGAUUUUUUCUUAGCAUUCUUUGUUAUUGCGGUGGUGAUGACGCUGGGAGCAUGCUUGUUGGUGCUGGAAUCUGUGAUUGCUCAUGUUUUACGUAAACCGAGACGUCCAUCCGGGACUAGUGAUAAAUCGGACCAGACUAUGACCUCGGAUAUAAUCUCAUAAAUUUUUUGUAUAUUUGAAUUUCCAAGCCGGUAGUUGUUUUUGGAUGCUUUGAGCUUUUUUUGUAUGUUUGUUGUAUUUCAAUUCAAUAAUAGUUGUAUUCCUUUUCAUGGUUGUAUCCCCAUUCCCAUCCAUUGUGCCAACGCCGCGCAGCUCAGUUCGUUAUUUAACAAUAAGGCGGUGUAAAU